AUGGAGGAAAUCAGCAAAGAAAGCGAGCUCAAAUUCUCAGAAGAUGAGGAAACACUUAUUAUAAGGAUGUAUAACUUGGUUGGAGAGAGGGAGGAUCCCUGGAAGAACAGCAGAGGAAAUAGAGAAGUACUGGAACUCCAGAUACUCAACCAGUCAGUGAAGCGGGAUGUUCACACUUCUACUGUGGCUUGUUUAAUAGGACAAAUUCUGUAA